AUGGCAAAGAUGAAGAAGACGCCAAGAAAUGUAGGACAGUACUCCUUGAAACACAUGCCACAGCAAUACAAAAGAACUCGUCGUCCACUUUCAGCCAGAACCAUCAUGACCCGCAGCAUGUUGACCCUCAGCAGCAACAGCAGUACAACUGGCUUCUUUUACAGGCUGCCAAUGGAGGUUAUUGACAUCAUCCUAAGACAACUGUCAGUGCUGGAGAUGAGUGUGCUUGGCAUGGUGUCAAAGGAUUUAACUGGCUAUGUUGUGGACCACAUCUCCUCCCUGGUCUGGAAGAACAAAAUGAUCACCCAAAACUUUCACCACACCAACAGUAAUGAAGUAAAAUCCACAAUUCAACAUUACAGAGCACUGGGUUUGUUGUUCAAGAGGUGUACUCUGUUGCUACCAACAAAGGACAGGUUAAAGUUUAUCUUUAACAACUUUUCACAGAUCUCCUGCUUCAUGUUGGAACAGUGUCUGGUACCAAACUGCAGUGGCUUCUCCAGCUUUGGAGUCUUUCUUCAGACGGUGAUUGCAGGGUGGAAUGAGCUGGAGUGCCACAGAGUGUUCAACUUUCUCUGUGACCACACAAACUUGCUGCAGAAAAUUGCGACUGUCAUCAGCAGGAAACCAGGGUUACUAUCUUACAGGGAGCUGCAGAUCCGUCUGUUCUGCCGUCAGGUUCUUUUGGACCCUUGGCUGAACCGCCCUGAGUGUCAGUUCUGGCUAAUAGAACUCCUGAAGCCUUGGCCCAUGGUCAGCCAAGCACACCUGCUGCUAAUCCUCUAUGGACCACUGCUGCCUGAAGGUACCAUCGGUUGGCAUGACCUGGUGGACAGGGUGGUUCCUCAUGGUCACCUGUGGGAACUGGCCAAGUCCAUACUCCUUCUGUUGGCCAGAUUUCAAGUCAAAGACUGGACCACAGACUCAAUACUGCCCAUCCUGGAGGAACUUACUGUUAUCCCAGAGCCGUGGAACAUGGAGAAUGUGGCUCGUCUCCUGGUUCUCUGUGGCAACCACCUCUGCUACACUUUUCUGGCCAAUAAAGCCCUCAACGGGCGACUCCAUGACAUCUCCAGACUCAUCGUCUUCAUCAUAAUGGUGUGUGAGAAGGAUGGUUAUCAUAUGAACUGGGCAGUGAGACUGGUUCACCAGAUCUACCAGGUUUUCACCACAGCAGUGGAAAAGCUCUACUUCAUCCAGAGUCUGGAGGGCAUGUUCUCAAAAAUCACCAGAGAGUUCUUCGAGUUGCCUGUAACAGGUGAGAUUCAGGAAAGGGAGACUUUCCAGAUGUUGUGUGUCCUCCUGGACUCCAGCGCCAGAUUCCACGCCAAAUUCCUCCACAUGUUCCUCAAAGACGAAUGAGAUCAAAAUAUGUGCAACGGAAGAUGGUAACGGAGGGGGUUAAAUAAAGAGCGAUGGGGUCAUGGAAAGUGUUGUGUGAAAUAUGAUGCGACAACAGAUGUGAAAAUGACGCCUUUAGUCUUCAUAGUCCAGGAUGUUCAGAGGAAAGGGGGUUCAGUGUUGAGUAUAGUGUAGUAUUGAGUUAGUUCAGAAUGUCUUAGAGAUAUGUGUUAUUUAUACUAGUUCUAUUGUAUUUAUUUAUUAGUACUUUUAAUAUCUUGUGUCUUCCUUUUUCUACAUUAUUUAAUAUUUAUUAACAUUAACAGUAUUUAUUGAGAGUGUGUUAGUCAUGUUGAAUCUAUAUAAAAACACUUGUAAUGCAGACUUUAUUGUUUUCUAUCACAUAUUAAAUAUUUAUUGACAUUUAUUUGUCAUUAUUUACAUGUUACAUGUUUGAUAAAAAUUUUAAAGCUUGUUAAAAACAGAAACCAUCAUACAUUGAGUAAAUAAGCUUUUAUUCUGAUUAUAAGUUGCACAAUAAUCCACAAUAUUUAAUAUAGCAUUUAUAAAAGGUGAUACAUUAAUGAAGCAUAUGGCUUAGAUAAAAAAAGAAGCAGCUUGAAAUAAAAAGGGUCAAAGGUUACUUCAUUACAACAGAUGGUCAUACAGUAUGUUGUUCAGAAUGGAUUCAUGUCAGAACUUUAUAAAAACAAUAAAACCAGGGUUAAUUUGUCUUAACCCUUAGGGACCCCUCAGGCCAAUUUUAUACAUUUUUGUCACUUUUUUUUUUUUAUUUGACUGAUCAUUACAUCUAUGUUAUAGCUUAUGGCAUGAAUUUCUGCAAGAAUGCUUCUUAUUUUGAUAUCUUUUAAUCUAAUGUCAGUUACAGGUCUAUUAUACGACACCUCUGAGGACCCUCAAGCUAAAAAUAUGCACAAACAAAUUUCUAUAAAAUCAUUAUAUAUUCAUAUUUUUUUCUGUUUUUCUCUGCAUAAAUCUCUUAAGUCACUUUAGCUCUGCUUAAAACUACUAAAUGCUGAAUAAUUACCAGGAUUUUAACCCUUUAAAUGCCAGUUUGAGUACAUGACUCCAUUUGUUUUAUUAAAAA